GUGUUGUGUGCCAGGGAUUGGGUUUCAUAUCUUUCCCUCCAAUCGAGAUGCUCAUUGAUUAGUUAGCAUUGUUUAAGCCUGAAAUCUGACCUAUGGACAGUCAUCCAAGUGGAAGGCAUUAACAACUUAUUAACUAAUGCAGGUUUACCCUCACAAACCCUGGUUUCCUUUCCAUCCAUAAUUGUUGGCAAAUUCUGAACAAAUUUUAACAGCACAUAAGAGGAGAGAUCUUAUACAAAGGUAGGAAUCACAGAAAAAUCCUUGUCUUCAUAUACCGCCCACUAGUGUACUCAUCACCAGAAAGAAAUGAUCUCAUCCUUGAAUUCGCCACGAUUCUCCAUUUCUUUUGUUUGUUUUUUCGUGCGGCACAAGCAGUAAUAAUUGCAGUCAAAAACUGUGUGAUCCAGGUGAUUCAAGGCUGUAGUCUUUGACUCUUUACUUUAAUCAUAGUCUAGAUGUGCGGAAGAUAUGAAUAACAAACACUUUUCUGAACACUCCCACACUAUUUUGAAUUCUUAUUUUAGGCUAAACACACACACACACACACACACACACACACACACACACACACACACACACACACACACACACACACACACACACACAGUACUCUUGACAGACCGGUUUGGCUGCCCAGACACAAACCAGUCAGUCUUGAGCUGGUCCCCGUCAGUCCCCAGAUGCUAGCUGAACAUGAGCUACUGCGGACGCCACUACAGUGUCUGUCUCUCUCUGCGUGUGACCUGCCCUAAUUCUAUACAUCAUCGGGGUACAAGGUUCUAACUACGUCAUGUCUAACGGGGGCGGUGUGGCCAGCAGUACCACCCACCUGCUGGACUUCCUGGAGGAGCCCAUCCCGGGGGUGGGCACGUACGAUGACUUCCACACCAUCGACUGGGUCCGCGAGAAGUGCAAGGACCGCGAGAGGCACCGCAAGAUCAACAGCAAGAAGAAGGAGUCUUCAUGGGAGUUUUCCAAGAGCGUGUACGAUGCCUGGUCCGGCUGGCUGGUGGUGACUCUGACCGGCCUGGCCUCAGGUGCUCUAGCCGGUCUCAUUGACAUCGCGGCCGAUUGGCUAAACGACCUGAAGGAGGGCGUGUGCCUCAGCGCCAUGUGGUUCAACCACGAGCAGUGCUGCUGGACGUCCAACGAGACCACCUUCGCCGAGAGGGACAAGUGUCCGCAGUGGAAAAGCUGGGCGGAGCUUAUACUGGGGCAGGCGGAAGGCCCAGGCUCGUACAUCAUGAACUACUUCAUGUACAUCUACUGGGCGCUGUCCUUCGCUUUCCUGGCCGUCCUUCUGGUCAAGGUCUUCGCCCCGUACGCCUGCGGCUCAGGGAUCCCAGAGAUCAAGACCAUCCUAAGCGGGUUCAUCAUCCGGGGCUACCUGGGGAAGUGGACCCUGCUGAUCAAGACCAUCACUCUGGUGCUGGCCGUGGCCUCGGGCCUCAGCCUGGGCAAGGAGGGGCCCCUGGUGCACGUGGCCUGCUGCUGUGGCAACAUCUUCUCCUACCUCUUCCCCAAGUACAGCAAGAACGAGGCCAAGAAGAGGGAGGUCCUGUCGGCGGCCUCUGCAGCGGGGGUGUCGGUGGCGUUCGGGGCACCCAUAGGGGGGGUGCUCUUCAGCCUGGAGGAGGUGAGCUACUACUUCCCCCUGAAGACGCUGUGGCGCUCGUUCUUCGCGGCCCUGGUGGCGGCGUUCGUGCUGCGCUCCAUCAACCCCUUCGGGAACAGCCGCCUGGUGCUGUUCUACGUGGAGUACCACACGCCCUGGUACCUGUUCGAGCUGCUGCCCUUCAUCCUGCUGGGCGUGUUCGGGGGCCUCUGGGGGGCCUUCUUCAUACGGGCCAACAUCGCCUGGUGCCGGCGACGCAAGUCCACCCGCUUCGGCAAGUACCCAGUGCUGGAGGUGAUCCUGGUGACGGCCAUCACGGCCGUGGUGGCCUUCCCCAACCCGUACACGCGGCAGAACACCAGCAUGCUCAUCAAGGAGCUGUUCACGGACUGCGGCCCGCUGGAGUCCUCGCAGCUCUGCCAGUACCGCAGCCAGAUGAACGGCAGCAAGGCCUUCAACGAGACCCCCAACCGGCCUGCCGCUCCCGGGGUCUACGCCGCCAUGUGGCAGCUCUGCCUGGCGCUCAUCUUCAAGGUCGUCAUCACCAUCUUCACGUUUGGACUCAAGGUCCCCUCCGGCCUGUUCAUCCCCAGCAUGGCCAUCGGUGCCAUCGCGGGCCGCAUCGUGGGCAUCGCCAUGGAGCAGCUGGCCUACUACCACCACGACUGGUUCAUCUUCAAGGAGUGGUGCGAGGUGGGCGCCGACUGCAUCACGCCCGGCCUGUACGCCAUGGUUGGGGCGGCCGCCUGCCUCGGCGGCGUGACGCGCAUGACGGUCUCCCUGGUGGUCAUCGUGUUCGAGCUGACGGGCGGCCUGGAGUACAUCGUGCCCCUGAUGGCGGCCGUCAUGACCAGCAAGUGGGUGGGCGACGCCUUCGGGCGCGCCGGCAUCUACGAGUCGCACAUCCGGCUCAACGGCUACCCCUUCCUGGACGCCAAGGAGGAGUUCACGCACACCACGCUGGCCCGCGAGGUCAUGCGGCCGCGGCGCAGCGACCCGCCGCUGGCCGUGCUGACCCAGGACGACCUGAGCGUGGAGGAGCUGCAGGCGGUCAUCAGCGAGACCAGCUACAACGGCUUCCCCGUCAUCGUGUCCAAGGAGUCGCAGCGGCUGGUGGGGUUCGCGCUGCGCCGCGACAUCACCAUCGCCAUCGAGAACGCGCGGCGUAAGCAGGAGGGCAUCGUGCUGGCCUCCAGGGUCUACUUCACGCAGCACGCCCCCACGCUGCCCGCCGACAGCCCGCGGCCCCUGAAGCUGCGCUCCAUCCUGGACAUGAGCCCCUUCACCGUCACCGACCACACGCCCAUGGAGAUCGUGGUGGACAUCUUCCGCAAGCUGGGCCUGCGCCAGUGCCUGGUCACCCACAACGGGAUAUUGUUGGGCAUCAUCACCAAGAAGAAUAUUUUAGAGCAUCUGGAGGAGCUCGAGCAGAGAGCGGAGCUCCCGGCGCCUGCUGGGGAUCAUCACAAAAAAGGACAUCCUACGCCACAUGGCGCAGAUGGCCAACCAAGACCCCGACACCAUCAUGUUCAACUAGUGCGCUCCUUCACGGGCCGCCGCAGCCGCCUCGCGUCGCCGUCACCGCGGCAACCGCCCGCCACAGCGGCCAGCGACGAGGAGGUCCGCCUCCUGGACGACUCUGAAUACUAACACAUUUCUCUCUCACACAUACACACACACACGUACCCACCUACCCCAACCAUCGCCUCGAUGAGGUCAUCGCCGUGGGUCACCCUCUGUGUAUAUAAACCCCGCCCCCGUCCGCGCUCCACCGCACACUAGAGGGCAGACGGACGGAUGGACUCCUGAGACUAUUCCCCCCACCCCUCCCCCCUCCCUUCGCUGGUUGGCGAGAAGAGGAAGAGGAAGAGGAGGAGGAGGAGGAGGAGGAGGAGGAGGGAGAGACAUUUGGACACUGGGGUGCCAUCACUCCAGAUGAGAACCCAGGUGGUGCAUGGGAGACAUGAGAGAGACACUGACACACACACACACACACACACACACACACACACACACACACACACACACAC